UGGAAACCGACUAUUAUAUUCGUUCCGUAACCAAAUUGAUACAUUUGAUGGAAACUAGACUUUUGAUACGUCAUUUUAAUCGUAAUUUGAUAUUGAAGGUCUUAUGGCUCGUACACAUCGAAGAUUGAGAUUACGCAUGAAAUUUGACAAAUCGAAAUAAAAAUUAUUUUUCAUUCCGAUGCAAAUCCGACGCAAUCUCCAUUCUAAUACAGGAUCCGAUAAAACUCGUCAGAUCAGAUUACGUAUUGAGAAUUGGAAUUUAGUCAAAAGGAAAGCGACUAAAACUUCCCUGUCCCGAUUGGUCAAGUUUUAAUCUUCAAUGCACGUAUUCUGAUACGAGCUUAAGGCGCAGUACAAAGAUUGUCCAAUUGCAUCGACAAGUCGCGGUUAAUGUGUACAUACACAUAUCGAAUAUUAAUAUAUUUCCCUUUUUUCCUUUUCACCGUAUAUACAUUUGAAGUUACACAUUACGCACACAAGGUCGCGGAUCGUGGCCGAUUGUCAUUUCAGCGACAAGCAUGUGCGCGCGCGACGCGACACGCGUAAAGAUCCUCCGUAUCGAGGCAUCCUCGCAGCCACAAGGAUGAGGAAGCUGUACACGUCGAUCAGUCUCGAAAAGUAGACUUUCAUUCGUGGCUCAAGGCCAGGCCAGGCGCCGCCUCGACAACAUGGCCAAGUUUUCUACGUCGCAGUCUGGACGUGCGUAGACUGGACGUAGGUCGUGUGUCCGAAAGCGCGAGCCCCGGAGAGUACGUCGUCGAAAUCGACGCCCUCGUUCCACGAAGCGAAACCGAAGCGUGCCGAGGCGAGGCGCCGUCAUGUCGUGGAACGAAUAGCAAUGAGCCGAUAGGUGUGGCGCGUGAAAAGGGAAAGGCGCGCGUCGUCCCCGGAGCUACGAGGAAUGGCGUAGUGCGCACGUGUCCCGGGAGAAGCAAGACGCCCGAAGUGGCUCGCGGCAUUCGUCAUCAACGACAUUCGAUCAGCGAGAGCUUCGUUGCUCCGAUUCAAGCGCCCGCGGUUGCUCCAGUGUGCGUGUGUCACAUAGUACACGCAUAGUACAGUGGUGUGCGCGUGUGUCAUUCCUGCGCCUAUGCGUCUCCAUUCGCGCGGGAGGGGAACGACGGCGACGCGGCGGCGGUGGCGGUGGUGGGGGGGAGUGACGCGAGCGAGAGAGUGAGGUUAGCUUGUGUGCGUCGCGCUCUCUCUCCCUCUCCUUCUCACGCGCGCGUGCCAAUCGCGUCUCUCUGUCGCGCGCGCGCGCGCGCUCUCUCUCUCCCUCGCACACCCUGCGUCUCUCGCGCGCGCUGGCCCGUUCACUCGCUCGCUCGCUCGCACGCUCGUCCGUCCGUCCGUCGACUGGCGCGCGCGCGCGCGCGUUAACGGAAUUCGCGAUCGUGCACGCAGGGACCACCGACUAAUGUUUAAAUGGACGCAUCGUCCAUUAUCACCCAAGUGUCGCGGGAUGACGAGCUAGGCGCGUUCAACAGCGAGAAAGCUCAAUUACCUCGGGAAAAUGAAGCAGCCAGCAAUAGUCCAUCGAGCAGCAAGAAGCCAAGGGGGCGCGGACUCCUGCGCUCUCUACUCUGCUGCUUCGGAAGGGGUCGUGGUGGCAGUUCAAAGAGCUCCAAGUCGAGUUCUUUACAGGGAGAUGGCCGUGGUUCGCCACCACCAGGCACCGGAUCUCCGAGAUUCCUCCUGCCGCCGAUUAGGCAUCAAGACAUGCACAAGAAGUGCAUGGUAAUUGAUUUGGACGAGACCCUGGUGCAUAGUUCUUUCAAACCAAUCAACAAUGCGGACUUUGUUGUUCCUGUAGAGAUUGAUGGAACAGUACACCAAGUGUACGUCUUAAAGAGGCCUUAUGUGGACGAGUUUUUGCAGAGAAUGGGUGAAUUGUACGAAUGCGUAUUGUUCACUGCAAGCUUGGCUAAGUAUGCAGACCCAGUGGCAGAUCUAUUAGAUCGAUGGGGUGUAUUCAGAGCAAGAUUAUUUAGAGAAUCCUGUGUGUUUCAUAGAGGCAAUUAUGUUAAGGAUUUGAACAAAUUAGGUCGUGAUUUGCAACAAAUCAUUAUUGUAGAUAAUAGUCCUGCCAGUUACAUUUUCCAUCCGGAUAAUGCGGUUCCAGUGGCAUCUUGGUUUGAUGACAUGACGGAUUCCGAAUUACUGGAUUUAAUCCCCUUCUUCGAGAAACUCAGCAAUGUGGAAAAUAUCUAUACAGUGUUGUGCAACAGCAAUCAUCCUUACAAUCAGGUGCCCGCGCAAGCGGUACAAAGUAAUCAGAAUCCGCCGGGAUUAGGCUCGCUGGCUGCUUCCUAGCCCCAUCUAAAUUCUGGCAACACGGCCAGUCUUGUCGCUCAAUGCACCUUCCGGAGAAUCCUGAGGGGAUUACUCCAUGUGAGUCACUUGCUAUGCGGCGAAGAUCCUCGAAGUGCCCCUCCUUGUUGAUCUUUAGGAGAAUCGCUCCGUUAAGCGGGGCCAAAUGUCCUAUACCUUAAAAACGCGUCAUCCAAGUCGACACACAGUGACACAUAGCUGCUGAUAUCCUUCUUCCUAGCGAGAAACGCAACGAAGACUGAGUCAGCUUCGAAGCGCGAGUGUUCUUCCAUUUUGCACCAGGCAUCAAAGACGACGAACUAUAUCGGUCCUGUCUGCAUGGAUGGUAUGUGCUCGAGAAAAAGAAUCUAGCGAAGGAUGGAAUCUCCGUCGAUAGAAGAAAUUGCUUACAGAAAAGUCGCAAGAGAAGAAAGAGCAACGGUUAGGAUUAACAAUGGUGAUUGUAUACUGAGAAAAAAGGAUAUAUAGGAAGAUACAAGAGGGAAUGUGAAGAGAAAAGAAAGAAGAGAGCUUGCUCCGAGUUAUUUAAUGGGCCAUAUUGCUGUCGCUCUUUAGUUUAUUCUGUUCAAAUCAAGACACCAGCUUCAAUUAGAUCCGAUUAUAAGAAUAAUCUGAUAUAAAGAAGAUAUCAACGCUUCGACUACGUUUUCGAAUGCUUCUGACCCAAUGUUUACAGAACGUUGAAAGAGGAGAGUAACAGUAGCAGGUAGAAUUUGGAAUUUGUAUAUUUUACUUGUCAAUGUAAAAUGGAAAAAUUUCACUUUA